AUGAAACUUAGUCUCUUUGCUAGUGCUUUAAUGGUUGCUUCUUUGGCCCAAGCCAAACCUUUCUCUUACCAAGACCCUAAAAAUGAAAUGGCUCCUUUGUAUAUCUCUCCUGAAACAGAGGUCAUUUCCAAUUCCUACAUUGUUAUUCUGAAAAAUAACUUGCAAACACAUCAAAUCCAAGAACAUGCUGCCUGGAUCAGCACUCUCACACAAAAGUCCAAUGGCCGAUAUAGGUUGAGUGAUUAUUUGGAUCCUCAUACAGCCACUGCUGGUAUUCAACAUGUCUAUGAUACGCCAAAACUUAAAGGUUAUUCUGGAAGAUUUGAUGAUCAUGUUUUAGACGCUAUUCGACAAUCAGAUGAUGUUGCUUUUGUAGAACAUGAUUCAAUGGUUUAUGCAAACGAACUCCAGCGUAAUGCUCCUUGGGGCCUUGCUCGUGUAUCGCAUCCUGACCCUUUAACUUUCAAGAAUUAUCAAAAAUACGAGCAUGAUCCUAACGGUGGCGAAGGUGUUAAAGUUUAUGUGAUUGAUACAGGUAUCAACAUUGACCAUAUUGACUUCGAAGGUCGUGCUUCAUGGGGACAAACGGUACCUGCAGGAGAUCGAGAUGAAGAUGGCAAUGGUCAUGGUAGUCAUUGUAGUGGUACAAUUGCUGGUAAGCGUUAUGGUAUUGCCAAGAAGGCUCAACCUGUCGCAGUCAAAGUAUUACGUUCCAAUGGAUCAGGUUCUAUGAGUGAUGUCGUACGUGGUGUUGAUUGGGCAACAACUGAGCAUAUCAAAGAUGCCUCUGUGGCCAGAAAAACUAACGAUAAGAAAUUCAAGGGUUCAGUAGCUAAUAUGAGUUUGGGAGGAGGCAAAUCUCCAUCAUUGGAUCUUGCUGUUAAUGGUGCAGUUGAAUCCGGUCUUGUAUUUGCAGUUGCCGCUGGUAACGAUAACCGUGAUGCUUGUGAUUAUUCACCUGCUGCUGCCGAAUUAGCCAUCACUGUCGGUGCUUCUACCAUUGCCGAUGAACGAGCUUAUUUCUCCAAUUAUGGUCCUUGCGUUGAUGUGUUUGCUCCUGGAUUAAACAUUUUAUCUGUUUGGAAAGGAAGCAGAUGGGCCACCAAUACUAUUUCCGGUACUUCCAUGGCUUCACCUCACGUAGCUGGGCUCGCUGCUUACUUUUUAAGUCAAGAAGAUGGACCUGUUUCUCCCAAGUACAUCAAGGACAAGAUUUUAAGGCUAGCCAUCAAGGAUGCCCUUGACAAAAUCCCUGAUGAUACACCUAAUUUGCUUAUUAACAAUGGUGUAAAUGAGAAAGACUUUAAAGACACAGCUAUUGAUACUGUUGAAGGUGCGGACGGUGUCUUGAAGAAAUUUUUUGGUGACAUAUAA